AUGUGGUCGCAGCUCGAACCCACCCUACCACACCUAACCUAUCUUGCCCUCCCCAUCUUCCUCAUCAUCUACGCCCUCUUCUCCCACUUCAUCCGCAACCGCCUCUACCUUUCCGAGCCUCCCCUGGCCGUCCUAUAUGGCAUCCUCCUCGGCCCAGCAGUCUUGAACAUUCUCCUCCCCUCCUCCUCUUCCUCCUCCUCCAACAACACCGGCAGCUCCGACAUCACCACAACCACCACCGCCACCUCGGACGUCUUCACCCAGGAACUCACCCGCAUCGUGCUAGGCCUGCAGUGCUUCGCCGUGGGCAUCGAGCUCCCCGCCCACUGGCUCCGCCGGCGGCCCAACCUCCUCUCCGUGCUCACCCUCCUAGGCCCGGCCAUGAUCGCCGCUUGGGCCAUCACCGCCCUCCUCGCCCACCUCCUCUUCCACUGCAGCAUCCCCACGGCCCUGCUCAUCGGCGCCUGUCUCGCCCCGACCGACCCCGUCCUCGCCGCCUCCGUCCUGGGCGGCAGCACCUUUAGCAGCCGCGUCCCGCCGCGCCUCCGCCGUCUCCUGAGCGCCGAGUCCGCCUCCAACGACGGCACGAGCUUCCCCUUCUUAUACGCCGGCCUCGCCGCCUUCGAAACCUGGAGCGCUGCGAGCAACACCGUCACCACCACCAACAACGCUGCCUCUGCCAUCCGCGACUGGCUGCUCGUCACCGUCCUGUACCAAUGCUGUCUGGGCCUCGCGCUGGGCCUCCUCCUCGGCCGCGCCGCCAACUUCCUCCUGCGCUUCUCCGAGGGACACGGCUAUGCAGGCCGCCCUGGCCUCGUCGCCUUCUACCUGCUCCUCGCCGUGCUGAGCGUCGGCAUCGGCAGCACCCUGGGCCUCGAUGAUUUCCUGCUCGCCUUCGGCGCCGGCGUGGGCUUCGCGCAUGACGGCUGGUUCGGUGCCAAGUCAGACGAGGUCGAGGGCGAGGUCUCGUUCCGGAGCAUUGUCGAUCUGGUUCUGGACUCGAGCGUCUUUGUCUACUUUGGCGCUGUAAUUCCCUGGGCGAGGUUUACCGGCAGCGGCGGCGGCACCACCUCUUCUUCUUCUUCUUCAUCCUCCUCGUUUUUGUCGUCCUCGCCCCUCAACGACCACAUCAGCGUUCCCACCCUUAUCCUCUUCCUGGUCCUCGUGCUGCUCCUCCGCCGCAUCCCCGCCAUCCUCGCCCUCCACGCCUGCCACCUCAUCCCCAACAUAAAGACCUUCACCGAGGCCUUGUUCGUAGGCCACUUCGGCCCCAUGGGUAUAGGCGCCUUGUUCCUCGCCAUCGAGGCCCGCGCCCAGCUCGAGACGGGGUCGAGCAUCCCCCUGCCGACGCCGCCUUCAGGGCCGCUGUAUGCUCAUGAUGGUGGGGAUGAUGACAAGACGCUCGCCAUCGCGCUGGUCUGGCCGGUGGUUUCUUUUGUGGUGUUGGGCAGCACGAUGGUGCACGGGCUGAGCGUGCUGGGAAUCAGCGCGGUGGGUCACUUUCGCAGGAACGAGGCGGAGAGGGCGCCGCUCUUGGGAGGGGAGAGGGAGGGAUUGGCUGGGAUGGGUAUUUCAUGGUCCAAGCAGAGACGACGAUGA